GGUCUUUAGACAUUUAAAUAGCGGCAGAAUGUACUCUGAGCUACUCUGUGUUUGCACAGCAUUGGAACACCACACAAGGACAGGCUAAUAAAUCCUUACAACUCUACAAGAAAAAACGACAUCUCUCAGAAUGCAGUACAUAAGUAUGUUGGCGAUCUUUACCCUUUGCGGGUCAAGCUUAUGUAACCUCAUCCAGGAGCAACAGACAGAUUUCGGGCUGCGGGUGUUCUCUGAAGCUGCUCAAUCUGCCCCAGACAGAAACCUGGCUCUCUCUCCAUAUGGCAUUUCCUCUGUGCUCGGCAUGGCUCAGCUGGGUGCCUACGGCAGCACCCUUCAAUUGCUCAAGUCCAAGAUGGGCUACUCUUUGCAAGCACGAGGAAUGCCAAAGCUGCAGAGGCUUCUUCAGAGAGAUCUGCACAGUGAAGAUGGAGUGGAAAUAGCCAAUGGUGUAAUGGUAGACAGGAAAGUAGUCUUGGAAAAGAUUUUUAGACGCAGUCUGGCAAAAGCCUUCCAGAGCAUCCCACACCAAAUAGACUUCAGCCAGCCAGAGAAUGCCCGGCAGGUUAUCAACUCCUGGAUAUCUGACCACACUGGUGAAAUGAUUCCUGACUUCCUCCCAUCUGGUGUGCUGAGUGAGCAGACACGCUUAGUCCUGUUGAAUGCUCUCUACUUCCAUGGGCUCUGGAAGAUGCCUUUUGAUCCCAAACUGACCAGGGAACAGCUCUUCCAUCGAGUCAAUGGCAGUGCUGUGUCCAUUUCAAUGAUGAGGACGACUCAAAAAUUAAACUAUGGUGACUUUGUGACUUCAGAUGGUGUGGACUAUGAUGUCAUUGAGGUGCCUUAUGAGGGGGACUCCGUAAGCAUGCUUCUGGUGACACCAUUUGAGAGGGAUGUGCCUCUGAUGGCCUUAAACAAAGAACUAAGCAGCAGCAGGAUAACACAAUGGAGAAAAGAGAUGAGAAAAGUUAACAAACAACUGGCCAUUCCAAGGUUCUCAAUGGACACAGAAAUUGACCUUAAGUCCACACUAAGUAAGAUGGGUCUUGGAGACAUCUUCAGCCAGAGCAAAGCAGAUUUCUCUCGCAUCACUACUGAAGAACCAUUAUGUGUAUCCAAGGUCCUUCAGAGAGUAAAACUUGAGGUCAACGAAGAAGGAACCAAAGGUUCAUCUGCCACAGCUGCUGUCAUUUACUCUCGCAUGGCCAUAGAGGAAAUCAUACUGGAUCGGCCUUUCUACUUCCUCAUUCAACACAAGCCCACUGGUGCAUUGUUAUUCAUGGGUCAAGUUAAUCAGCCUCAGGAACACAAAUGAAAGUAUUUGUACAAGCAGAAGGAAGAAGGAAACUGCAAGUCAGCUGGCAACAUACUACUGAAGAAAAGAGAUGCUGAGAGUUUCAUUAUAAAAUGAAGAAAGCUAAAUCCUUUAUCUGUAACUCCGUCAUUGCCUAAAAGUGCCAAAGUUCCAAAGGGAAUGUACAAACAAGGUUAUUUCAGUGUGUGUUUUCUGCUGUGUAAAUAUCUCUGCUAUGGUGGAGGACCAGACCGUAAGAAAAAACAUGACUAAUGUAAAGUCUAGCGAAUUUUUUAUGGAUUUACAAAGGCAUUUAAAGGCAUAAAUUUAAAGCCUAUGCAGAAGAGACAUGUUAAGAUAUCAGUACUGGUAUGUUUGUUUUUGUAAGAAAUUUGUUGUUUAUUGUGCUUAGAUUUGUAAGGAAAGUUUGUAUUUUGCAGUAUUUAUUUUUGUAUUGCAGUAUUUAUUGUUGUAUUCUUGGAAUUUGUAAAAUAAGAUUGUAACAUUGUAGAUUGUGACGUUUUAUAAUAAAAGCAGCCAAACGUGAAUAUAAAAACGA